AUGUUCUCUUCUUUCAAGAUGCAGAUAUUUAAGGGUCUUUGUUCAGAAACAAAAUGCUUGCUCGAAUCCGGUUUGUUUAAGAACCGACCUCUUUUUCUGGAGAAGAUUUCUUCCAGGCCUUGCCAUUCAGCUACUCCGGUUUUUUCGUCCGAAGAACAGGAGGCGUUUCCAUUUGCUGCGAGCUACUCAGCCACUCCAGUUUUGUCGUCGGAAGAACAGGAUGUGUUUCCAUUGGCUGCGAGGGUGGUUAAGUCUUUGGAUGGGCAGGUUAUAAGUAAAAUGAGUUUUCGUAAUGCUGUGAAGGUACAUGGGUUUCCUUAUUUUAUUGAUACAUUUAGGGUUUUUGUUCACGUGUUUGCAUCGGUGGGAAUGGAAAGGGAAGUAUAUUCGUUGCUUUUCAAUGUUGUUUCCUAUUAUCAGGCAUUCGAUCUUGAUAUGUUUGAGUUGUUUCCUUUUUUACUGGGUGGAAAGCCACCGCAUCCAGAAAUAUCAAUUGCUGUCUUUGAUGUUCUGAUGAAGGUUUUUGCAGCCAAUUCCUUGUUUGAGAGUGGGCUCCAUGUUUUUUAUCAAACUAAGAAACUUGGGCUUACCCCCAGUAUUCGUUCAUGCAAUUUCUUGCUCAAGUGUUUGAUAGGAAAAAGUAAGGCAGAUUCUGCCCGGAUGUUGUUUGAAGAUUUAAAGACUCAUGGCCCCUCGCCUAAUGUCUAUACUUACAGUAUAAUGAUGAAUCUUUAUUGUAGAGGACAGAAUGUAGACAUCAGCCAAGCCACUGAUAUUCUGGAGGAUAUGAAAAAGAGCGGGGAAAGCCCUAGUGUUACAACGUACAGCACAUACAUAAAUGGACUUUGUAGAGGUGGUUUUCUUGACAUUGCUUUGGGUAUUGUUAGGGAAAUGGAAUGUAGAAAGCAUCCCUUGAAUAGUUAUUGCUACAAUCCUGUUAUCUCUGCGUUUUGCCAACAAGGUCACCUGUGUGAAGCAUUAGAGGUUUUUGAAGGAAUGGAGAACAAUGGAAUAUCACCAGAUCACCAUAGCUUCGGUAUUUUAUUGGAUGGGUUUUGCAAGCAAGGGGAUGUCGAAAACAGCUUCCAUUUAGUGCGCAAGAUGCUUGUGUCUGGUGUAAAACUGAACAUUGUAAACUACAGCUCACUCCUCACUGGCCUCUGCAAAGCUGGACUUCAUGAUUUUUCACUGAAAUUGUUCCGUGGCCUAAGUGCUUCUGGGUACAAACAUGACAUGAUUUCAUACAAUACCUUGGUCAAUGAAUUCUGUAUGAUAGGUGAUAUGGACUCUGCCAGCAAACUUCUGGAGGAGAUGAUUCAUUAUGGUUAUGUUCCCGAUUCCUUUACUUUUGGGAGUGUGAUUCGCGGGAUCUGUAAGGAAGGGGACUUAGAGCAGGCAUUGAAGCUUAUCUAUGAAAUGCAAGAUCAAGGUAUUCUCCCCAAUUCACGUACGUAUCAUGCUAUCAUCAAGAGGUUAUGUGAUGAGAAAAUGUCUGAAAAGGCAUUGGCAUUAAUUUCUAUUAUGGUCAAGUUUGGUUCACUCCACAUAAACUGUUUUAAUACCAUGAUCAAUGGGUUGGUAAAACAGUCGCUCCCAAGGGAGGCUUGGAAAGCGUGCAAAGGUAUGUUGGGACUAGGAAUCAGCCUUGAUAUUGUCACGUAUACAGUGCUUAUCAAAUUGUUCUGCAGGACAAAUGAAAUGGAAAAGGCCUGGUUUCUUUUUGCUGGCAUGAAAAAAAGAGGUCUGAUGCCAGAUGUGGUUACCUACACCACUAUGAUGGCUGGCUAUAGGAAGAUGGGAGACAUGGUUAGGUGUAAUGCCUUGGCUGAUGAGAUGAGGAGGAGGAUUCUUGGACUCGUCUCUUGCCCUCCUUAUCUCUACACCUUAUCUUCAUUUGUCGAUCUUAUUCACACAAUGGCUGGUCAGUCAGCUGACUCGCAACAACAAGAAGACACAAAUCUAGAACAAGAAGACCAAAACGAAGUAGAUGAAGAUGAAGAAGACCUGAAAUGGUCCUCUUCGUCUUCUUCUCCAAUUCUGAUUCUGACUACGCCUCUUACUCCGAGUAUGAUUACACUACCGAAGCCCAACAACAGGAACAACAAGAAGCUGACCCGCUUCUCUCCAAUAUCCGGCAGGGCCGGCCGCCGGGGGGAGUGGGAUCCUGUUUGGGCAGAUGAGGAGGACUGGGAGGUGGUCAAUGAGGAGAUUCGCGAAGGCAGGGACUCUCCCAUUGCGCCAUUCUAUAUACCCUACAGGAAGCCUUAUCCUGUCAUACCUGACAACCAUUACGAUAUAUCUAAUCCCAAAGCAUUCAUUGAAGAGCUGGAUAGGAUUGAGGAGUUUUUCAAAUGGGUCAGCUACAUUUUUCCAGAUGGAAGCUCGCAAUUGGUUAAGCGUUCUUGUGUUUCAUUUCCUUAUUUAACGUAUGAGGGCACCAAACUUGGUCAUGGGAAGGGAUUCUAUGUUAGCGAAAUGGUAUGGGGUGGGAUUGUGAGGGAGAAUAUGGUACUAAAGAGUGACAGCAUCUCAAACACAUAUGUCACUGAUUAG